CCAGGUUGUGUGAGCUGUGUGGUUUUCACAGCUCUGACUGACAGUGUUUGAUCUCACAUCUCGUAGUGGUACAAUGGAACAAACAUCUCUUCAGUGGCUGAUCUGUCUGACCACCUCACUGCUGUGCUGCACAACAGACCAAGGUCAGAAGACUUCUGCUUUCACAGUCUGAAACUGACUGGUUCAAUGUGAGAAACACUGAGACAUAAAUUAGUGUGGAGGAAUACAAAGAGUCUCGUCUGACAGUGAGUCCCAGCCGCUCUCAGCUAUUUGUUGCAGAGUUUCUUUCCCUGAGAUGUGAGGAGGACAACAACUCUGCUGGAUGGACGCUGAGGAGGAACACAACCAAACGGCAGAUGACUCAGUGUGGAGUUGACUGGGAAGGCGGAGCUGAUUCUUCCUGUAACAUCAGUCUAACAGCCAAAUGGGACAGUGGAGUUUACUGGUGUGACUCCAGAGAAGGAGCAACCAGUAACACCAUAAACAUUACAGUUACUGGUGGAUUAGUGAUCCUGCAGAGUCCUGUUCUCCCUGUGAUGGAGGGACAUGAUAUCAUUCUGCGCUGUAAAACAAAGACCACUCCCUCCCACCUCCCAGCUGGUUUCUACAAAGAUGGCUCUCUCAUCAGAACUGAGCCUACAGGUCAAAUGAUCAUCCACCAUGUUUCCAAGUCUGAUGAAGGCUUCUACAGGUGUAACAUAAGUAGUCAUGGAGAGUCUCCACCCAGCUGGAUCACUGUCACAGGUCAGGGGCUUCACUUUGAUUUCAUUAUUUCAUCCCCAUAUUUACCUGACCUGAUGGAGUUUUCUCUAAAGGUCCACCUACAACCACAGCCCCGUCUGCUACCUCAUCCCUGCUCCAGUUUGAGCUCAGACUGGUUUUCCAUCUACUGGUGUUCUGUCCAUACUUUAUCUCCACUCAUGGUGUGUUUGUAUCAACACAGACCCACAGGAAAUGACCUACUUGUCUCCAAGGCAACAGCACCACCCACACAGGCUGAACAGGGAUUUGCUGAGGACUGUGCUGAUAUUGUGGUAGUCACAACCAAGCAUCACUUCUGAGCUGAACAGAUCAGAGUUCACUGCUACAUUAGUGAGAUGGUGGUUAGAAUUUAUGGCUAUGUUUACAACAGGGCAUCAUUUGUUAAAGUUUCAGUUGGUUGUGUUGUUUCUGUGGAGCUCUAAAUAUUUUAAAUAAAGUCUUGUGUAUUUGACUCA